GGCUAACCUCAUACCGACUUGCAAUGCAAGCAUACACAAGUAGUCGCAAUGAUAGCGUACUAUGGUGGUGCAGUAGCAGUGGAUGCGUUCGCUGUCCGCUGGGGCACAGGAAUGUUUCAACUUGGCCUCUGUACAGCUUACUAUGGCUUCAUGAGUGAUGUGUUGGAGUUGUCAGCUAGCUACCAGAAAACAUUCGGCCCUCUUCGAUAUGCAGUUGCGGGCAUGCAAAGGAUGCUGAAGCUUCCAACAUAUGAUCUUUUGGUGGAGUUCCUUCCUAUGGAUGACAGCGCAGAUGCUCAAAGUGCUGGAUUUGAUCAUGCGUCUGUGCCAGGCAUGUGCGGUGACCUCCCUGCCAUGAAAGCGAUUGGAGAUGAAAAGGGGUCGAUGGAUAUCAGUGAGGAAAAUGUCCACCUGGAAGUGGCUGAUGUUUUCUCUGUCGAUAAGACUGGGAUGGAGGAAACUGCUGGAUGGCGAGAAGACCCUGUACCUUCCCAGCGUUCACCACUGAGCCACAUUGCGGUGGGUGAGAUUGACUUAGAUCCUACUGGGGGAGUGGUAUCUGGAGGGAAGGGAGUCAUAGAGGAUGACGCUGCUGUCAAAGGGCCACCGGUAAUACCGGUGAUUGGUGAGGUAAGAGGUCCUAGUACAUGUGAGCGUAUGGAUGAGGGUGAGAGUAAUGAUGCACAGCGUGAUGCAGUUGAGGAUCUCUGUAAGCGUGUCGGUGGCGGUGCCCUAGGGGACGAGAAGGGGGUACAAGGUGAUGGGAUGGAUCGGUUCCGAAGGUUCCUCUUGGGCUCCAAGGUGCGGAAGAGUGUUUCUGCUUGUAAUUUAUUUGCAGAGAAAGGUUCAGGCCAUGGUGCAGGUUCAGGGCAUGGUGCAGCCCCACCACUGAAGUCUCGCAGGUGUUCUUCAGAGAAGUUUGCUGCUCUGCCAUCCGAGGAGCCUGCGGCAGAGGUGCUGACAACAUCGUCCUGUUCACCGUCUUGCUCACCAAAAACUAGGAAUCGUGCUGGUGUACUGUUGAAGAGCCGAUCAUCAGCCGAUGCUGGUGGCAUCCCAGCCAGCAAGUUGGGAUCAGGAUGGGCUCCCGUGAAUGUGGAGAACAUGAAGGGUGAGGAGGAAAAAGUCAAGGAACGAGAGAAGAAGGGACCAAAACAUGGUGGGCAUUGUUUCCCUGUUGGGUUUGUGACGAUUGGUUUGAAAGGCUGGAAGAAGGGUAAUAAGAAGUCAAAAGGCGGUGAAGCCUCUGGGAAAGGUGAGGGAAAGGGAAACGGGAGAGCACUGGACGACAGAGUGGUGAUGAAGAUAACCGACGAUGGUGUGCAGAGCUGUCAGGGAGCUGUUGCUGGGAAAUGGGUUCAGAGGCAGGGUCCUUUCCUCUGUGUAAUUGCAUGCAACCAUCAGUGUAAAAGUGUGCAGUGCUUCGACUCACAGAGCUUGGCCCCUCUUGCGGGGGCUGAUGAUGGUGGCCUGGAUUUGCUCCUUGUCAGAUCUGUUGGCCGUUUCCAGCUCCUGCGGUUCCUCUUCAUGAUGCAGUUUGGGCGGCAUAUAACCCUUCCCUAUGUUGAGUACACAAAGACUCGAGCUGUGAGGUUGAUUCCCGGUAAGAAUGCUCAUCGCUCAUGUGGAAUCGAUGGAGAACUGAUGCCACUGGACGAGCCUAUACUGACAGCUGUAUUGCCAUCUCAAUGCCGGCUCAUUGGGCGUCCUUCCCCUCAUUGUUGACGCUGGAACUGCCAUGAGUUGCUAGAGCUUGGGAAACCAAUUUCAUUUGGAGUAUGGUGCUAUGACUAGUGUGCCUUGUAAAGUCGAUAAAUGCUGUUGUGCUCCGAGCCUCUGUGUUGCUGGAGCUGUUGGGCAAACAACAUGCGUUCAAUUAGAUGGAAGGUAGGUGGAAAAUGUGAAGGACAGCCAGUAACAGGGCGAUGGAGUUCGGGAGCUAACAAUUGCCAGGAAAAAAUGCUUGAUCAAAGUCGGACAUGAUAUCGAGGUUGGCGGAACUAGCUUCAGAAACAACAAAACUAACUCAAGGGUGGUACCUGUCAUGCCAGGAUUUCCCGGCCAAUUUUUACAGGGUACAUAAUUUCAUUAAAAUUUAAAACACGAAUGGAAUCAAGAGUUCCAUGGAGGUGCAAGCCUCCUGUUGCUCGGUCUGUUAUCUCAUGGUGUCCAUGUCUUGAUUCCAUCGGAUUUGAUUGGGUGCGUAGUCUGCAGAAUUUGUUCGCUUGUAGCAAUUCACAUAGUGUGAGAGGCCCUUGGCAGAGGGUGGUACAAGGACGUGCUACGACACCGCCACCGCCAGGUCCAGUGUCGUCAUCUUGUUCAGAGAGAAUCAAUCAGGCUAUCUCCCUCGAGUGUUUAAGUCUGAUCAAAGUUAUGCGGUUGAGUAGAAUAGUGAGAGAGAGGAGCGUAAUGGGGAACAUCAUUUCUAGACUCCUCUUGUGAAGAAAAAAAAAAAACAGCAGAUCAUAACACACACGUCUUGGAUGGUAGCCUUUCUGUCCCUGAGGGACAGCGAAGCGGCAGACGGGCACGCUCGUGCACACAUACAGAUAAGGACAUCGUCUGUAGGGGGGUGACCUUGCAGCUGGAGUUCCUUGACAGAGAGCCUUAUGUAGUGUGUUCUUGGGCUUGCUGUUGCACAUCAUCCUGUGAGGGAGGAAGGGGGAAUGGGCAGAUGCACAUCCUGCCUCAUCUCAUCUUGCGAUAGACAUGGGAAGGGCUGAUAACAGCAGCAGGCCACCCAGGCAGCAAGAUAUCUUGAUAAGCAAACAGCCAAUGCGGUUAGCCAAUUUUCCACCCAGUAACACCUUCGUGCAUGCGUACGUGCAUCCAUCGCAACUACCGCUUUGUCACUAGUGAACAUCGCGGCCUGGAGUGUAGAAAUGUGAUGCUCAGUAAAGGGCAAGGGCUAGUUGACUCAGGGUAGUGUUUACUGAUGAUCUUACCCUCAUUUGUUUGAUUUUGUAAAUGUAAUAUGUAUGCUUCAUAAGAAAGCAGGUCAUAGUGCUUGCUAGUUAGGUGAAGGGAUGAUCAUCCAUCCAUCAAUACUGGCUGGAGUGGGUGAAGAGUUAUGCAUCCACCAAUAUUGGAGAAUGGGGAGUGGGUGAAGUUGGCAUCUGUGUUUUAUCGUGACGAGGGCUUUACUUACUCGUGUUCCAAAAUAGAGAAGUCUGGAAGAGCUGUAUGCUUGCUACCGAGUCCGCCGGUGGAAGACGUUAGUAAUCGCGUACCGUGCGGUGUAUGGUGGUGGUGAUCAUCUCAGUGUGAAAAUCAGUGUCAAAGGUUGAACCACAUUUUCUACGGUGAUUGGAAAUGUGGGCAAAUGGUGGAACUGAAACGGUGACAAGUUGAUAACGUGAUUUAAGCAUGGAGAUAGUGAGAGAGUUACAUGGAUAAAUGAUGGCAAAUAGGCUGGGGAAAGGACAACCCAGCUGUGCAGCAUGUGUACAGGGAGAGGCGGCACAUUGCAGGAAUCUCAGCAAAGAUGACUAGAGUACUAAUCACAGCAGCUUGGUAUCUCCGUGCUUGUGGUUGUUUAUUUGCUGGCAGUGUGGGACACGAGCUCCAUGCUCUCACUAACAAAACCACUCUCGAGUC